AUGUCACAAUCCGUCAGCCCUCGCGGAAAAGACAAUAAAGCAGCAAACAUCCAAUAUGCAACCUACCUCCCCCACCAAAUCCCCUACUCGGUCCACUACGAAGAUUCCCUCUACCACAUCCUCGAAUACCCACCGCGCUCUCGUGACGGCAUCUUCAUUAUCCCCAAUGACUCCUCCGAGCAACCCAAACAAGGCAUCUCGGUGCGCGCAAGAGAUAUAGAUUCAAAGUCUCUUCCGCAGGUUACGCUGCAGCAACUACCGCUCUCUGUCCACGAUCCCCGCCGUAUCUUUGCGAGUCCCGUGCCAGGUAUACGAUUGACGCAUCCCGGUGGUUACCUAGAAGGUGGUCCUGGUCCUUCGCCUGAAGAGCAGAGGAAUUGGGCUAGGGAGUUUGUCGAGAGGGAGGGUGUGGUGGAUGGAAAGGCUUUGGGGUUGGCUGUGCAACAUCAUAUGCAGCAGAACAUGGCAUUGGCCAAGGAUCGAAUGCGCGCGCGCAACGAUGCUCUACAGCAGAAUGCGAGGAUUGAGAGGGAAAUCAAGACAUUGAUGGAUCAGAGGGAGAUGGAAGUCAAGAUCGAGACACGCAUGAAGGAAGACGCGAGAAGAAGGAGGGAGAACCGCGAACACAAGAGGAAGAUGCCUGCUCCUACAAAGGGAAUCUUGGUGCGCAGCAGAAGACUGCUCGACACUACGGACACCGAACUCAGCGCCAUGGCCAAACUGGCCCACACUGGAUCCAGCCGGACGUGCUUUCCUCCGUUGCUGAUCGCAUACAACGCUCCUGCCGCCACGGGUAACGCAAUCAAGUUGUACACCAAUGCCCAAGCAAAGUUGAGCAUCACCCUGCGGAAUACCACACGCGACAAUUCCAGAAGUCUGACCAAUGCAUGCAAGUCGGAUGUGACAAGCACAAAAGAUGCAGUCGACAAGGCCACAUCAGACCCCGACCCAAUCGCAAUACUCACAUCCGCCCUCGCCAGAGCAGGAGAGUCGUUGAUGCCGUCGCCGCACAUGGCUACCUCUGCUGCAGAUACUUGA